UCAGUGUUUCUCUUCGUGACUGAACGCUUACGUUCUCAUCGUCGUGUCUCCUCAAGUGCGGAAAAUCAGUGCUUUUCCCAAUUUUUUCUUUCCCCAACCAUUUAAAGUUUUUCAAGGACCCAACAUCGAAUAUGUUUUGACCUUUGAUAUGAAAAAAAAAAGUUUUAAGGACUGUUCGGAUGUGGUAAUUUUUUAAAAAUUUUUUGUGCUCAGUGAUGAGACAUUAUAAUGUCAGUGCAUUAUAAGUUUAAAUCCGCCCUUUCGUUUGACACAAUCACAUUUGACGGUCUUCACAUAUCCAUCAGGGACUUGAAGAAAGCGAUUUUACAGCAGAAACAAAUUGGAAAAGCAAGCGACUUCGAUCUACAAAUUACCAACGCACAGUCAAAUGAAGUUUACGAAGAUGACAAUGUUUUAGUUCCAAAGAAUUCAUCUUUAAUUGUAGUACGGGUGCCUUUGACUACUCAGCAGAAAAAAGCGUGUGAAAAAUCAGAUGCUUUACCUGCAUUAGGAGGAAAGGGCACCCAAGGAGAUGGAUUAGACCCACUAGCUAAUAAGCUAGCAAAGACAGUUGACUUAGCAAAUGUAGAAGCUAGUGAAACAGAUAAAAUCCAAGCUGCAAUAACUCAGUCAACCCUCGAUUAUGACCCAUCCAAUUACCUUCGGAUAAAAGGAUCUAAUCAAGUUGGCGAGCUACCAGCAAACUACCGGUGCUACAAGUGUUUGCAACCUGGCCACUGGAUUAAAGACUGUAAAUUAAAUGCCCAACCAGAUUCGACAUUAGACAUAAAGAAGAGUACCGGGAUCCCAAGGAGUUUUAUGGUCCCAGUUGAGGGACCAGACGUACCUGGAGCCAUGAUGACCCCAACGGGACAAUUCGCCGUACCUUCGAUCGAACAUGAGGCGCGGAAAGAGCCGAUACGUAAAGUCACGGAACCAGUUGUCGUCGAGAAGCCUGCCAUCCCUCAUGAUUUGGUGUGCGGUGUAUGCAAUGACCUUCUUACAGAUGCAGUAUUAAUUCCUUGCUGCGGGAGCUCUUUUUGUGAUGAAUGUAUUCGAAAUGUACUUCUUGAAUCCGAAGAUCACCAGUGCCCUGACUGCUGGGAGAAAGAUGUUUCCCCAGAUACACUCAUCCCGAAUAGAUUCCUUCGCAAUUCAGUGAACACAUUCCGCAAUCAGACGGGCUAUGUGAAAGCGCAACCCGCUUCGAACAAAGCCCAGCCGGCGGCAGCGGCCGGCGAGAAGGCCUCCUCGCCGAAAAAAAUUGAAAGUCAACCUGAAUCUACGAUUGAAACAAACGAACACGAAAAGAGAUCCUCGCCGCCAUUGAUUGUCAAAGAACACGAUUUAACCAAAGAUGACACACGGUCUCCUUCUGAUGAACUAGAAAUUGUAGAGGAUUCAUCAAGCUCCGUCGUAACUCCUUUCCCAGCGAUUCCAGACCCCAUCGAGCAAUCCCACCCUCAGGGCAGUGCCAUUCCUUCACUUAGCAACCCGCUAACAACCACAUCCAAAUCUAACGUCAAAUUCAACCCAAAAAACCCGAACAACACCACCGUUGUCGAGGAGAACCUCCUGCCCAUUCCAAAUAUUGCCGAUUAUUCACGUUCCCAACCUAAUCCUAACAUUUGCCUUAAAGGUGAGGAAACGACCCACCAUGUGAGAAAAGACAAAUCGCAUUUCAAUUUCAACCGCCAUGAGAGGUCAGGAACUCCGACGGUCGACGAACACAACCACAUGGAACCGUCGAAGCGCUAUCAGAUAGAAUUGCUAGGUAGUAUGCGCCCCAGGAUGGUUCCGCCACGAAUGGUGCCGCCGAGGAUGGUUCCACAAAUGCCGCAGUUGAUGCAGAUGUACAACCACGGCAGUUAUAUGUAUCGUCAGGUGGCUCCUGUACGAUGGAGAGCUCCAGGCGGUAUGGUCAUGCCACCAUAUCUUCCAGACGUGGAUGAAUACGGCCACCGGGCUCCUCACAACAAUCGUUCGAGGCCAUGGACACCGUACUCAGGAUCACAGAAUGGUGUUCUACCACCUGCUGGGGCUUUGGAUGAUCCUCUGCAAUGCUAUCGCCAGUAUAUAUCAGACAAGGACAGACAGAAUAGGGCAAAAAGACGAUCCAGAUCGACUUCACGGUCGUAUUCUAGAUCUCCUUCUUCCAGGACGAGGGCCAGGAUUAGGUCCAGGACCCCAAGAUCAAGGACAAGAUCAAGGUCAAGAUCAAGAUCUCUGAGAUCAAGAUCUAGAUCGAGAUCGAGAUCCAGGUCGGCACACCAUCAUGUGCGCAAGAGGACAAGGAGCAGGAGCCGCUCUUUCUCUAUGAGCCGGUCAUCCUAUUCUGAUAGAAGCUUGAAUAGAACUCCAAGCCGAGAACGCCAUCUUUCCCCGGUGCGGAGGAGAGGGGAAUAUCGCCAUUCGCCGAGCUACAGGAGCUCUUCUCCCUCUAGAUAUUACACCCAGAAGUACAAAGACGAACUACAUAGCCACAAUGCGUCAAAGACUGUCGAAAGGAGGAGGCACGCUGUUAAACCUUCGGAUUAUUACACGUCCGACUAUACAAGGCACAGUGAGCGAUAUGAACCUCGUUACAUUCCGCCUUCCAGGGAGAGAGACAGGGAACGAGAUCAUGACAGAGAGAGGGACAGGGAUAGGGAGCGAGACAGAGACAGAGACAGGGAUAGGGACAGGGAUAGAGAUAGAGACAGGGACAGGGAUCGUGAUAGGGAAAGAGAGAGAAUUGACCGAGAACGGGAAAAGGAUAGAACUUAUUCCAAACGUUCGUACGAUGAAGAACCUAGAGAUCUCAAGUAUGACGAAGCAGAUCUCAGGUAUAAGGUUCCACCACUGAAUUGGGAAAAGGCGAGGGAUCAUGAACUCGAAUUAAGGAAACGGGAGAUGAGAGAGCAGCAAGAAUUUUAUGGAUCUGAUAAAUUAAGGAAGAGAGAACCUGUCAAGCCAGUCGAAAUUAUCGAGGGUACUACAAGGGAGAUUUAUCCACCUGGAGUGAUGGAAGAAGAAAGAGGCAGGGUACUUGUCGACGUCAAGAGAGAACCUAGUGAUGAGAAGGCUCCUUCGAAAUCCCCCGAGAAGGAGAAGAAGAUUAAAGAAAAGAAGAAAAAGAAGAAAGAAGAGAUAGAUAAAAAGAGGAAAAAAAGAAAGAGCAAGGAUAAAGCAGAUAGGAAAGACUCUGAGACGCUUAGUACAAACGAAAGUAUAGAACCCGGGACAGAAGAUGGUUUAGAAGAGGACUCAAUCAAGAGCAAAGAUGGAGAAUCAUCAUCAUCAAAGACAGACAGGGAAGGAACUGGUAGAAUUCAAGAAGAGCCCAAAGAGUUACCUGACAAAGAUGUUGUCCUCGCUCCAGUUCCUGAAUUGUCCAAAUGGGAAAAAGAAGAAGAAACUCUCAAUCUUUCCGAAGAGAACAACAUUUCUGGGAAUGAUGAGAGUAAGCAAGUCACUUCUGAAGUUCUCAAAAGGGCUGAAAAUGCAAUAUUUAAAAAAGUUGUCAAUCCACUGAAGACAAUAGAAACAAAGAAGCCAGAAAGGCGUUUAGAAGUUGUCAAAAAGGAAAAAUUGGAAACAAAACCACAACACAGGGAAGAGAGGAAAGUCACGGAAAAAGAAGCAGAAAGGCCAGAAAGGCACAGAGAGAAAGACAAAAGGGAUGAUAGAGAAAGGUACAGGGAGAGGAACUCUGAAAGAGAUGCUGAUAGGGAUAGAUAUAGGAAGUCAGAGAAGGAUGAUAGACAAGGGAGGCAUUCUUCUAAAGAUACUCCUCGUUCUGUUGCUCUACCCGUUAAACCGGAGAGCCAGGACAGGCAGAGAAAUACUGAUAAAAAAGAGCCACAGCCACAAAGGAUUUCUGCCAAGGAGAGACUUGGUGCCAAAGUUGAAGACAAACUUGUUGUUAAAAGAGAAGUUCGAGGAGACAGGAGGGAAAUUAAGUUCGAGAAAAUACCUCCAAAGAGUGUUGUGACAAAGGAGAGGUCAAGCAGGGACAAAGAAAAACCGAGAGAUCGUGAGAAAGAAAAAGAAAAGGAAAGGGAUAAGUGGGGAGAUAUGAAACUCGCCGAAAAAGUCAAACCUCCUGAACUCAAAAAAACAUUACCUUUGGAGGAAGUUUUUGAACCGGAUUAUGAAAAAUCUGACCAUGAAACGGAGAAAGAAGAAAAACCAGAACCUUCAAAAGCGGAAACUUCAAAACAGGAUUCUUCAACAGCUGAUUCCUCUAAAUUGGAACCGGCCAAAUCCGAAAUGUUAAGGGUGGCAGAAAACAAAAGAUCUCGUAGCGUCGAUGUAGAAAAAGAAACCAAAAAAAUGAAAGUAACUCAGGAAGAAGAGAAACAAGCUUCUUCUGGAGAUUCGAGUGUUAGUUCCGAUGAAUCGGAAAAGAGGCACAAGAAGAAGAAAAAAUCUAAAAAACACAGGAGGAAGAAAAAGAAGAAGAAGCACGGGCUGUCAUCAGACUCGGAUUCUUCGAGCUCAUCCUCUGAUUCAGAAGUGGAAAAGAAAAGGCGAAGGUAUAAACAUAGAAGCCACAAAAAGUCAAAGAAAAGGAAGAAGUCAAAAAAGUGAUUUGUUUUCUACUUCUAGAGGGCUAUCCCAUUUAUUACUUAAUGUACAUUAAUUACUUGUGUAUAUAUAUAUUAUAUGCUUGUCAUUUAUUUUAGUAAUUUGUGUAGAAAGUCAUUGAAAAAGAUGAUUUUUGUACAUUAAUGAAAACCUCUUUUUUUUCUUUUAAUAGUUGGAAUAAAAACUAUUUUUUAAUAUAAAUUUCAAUUUUGAACAAUUAAAUACGAUUUGUGAUUAUUUUCCGGGUGACUUGUGCCCGAUUGUAUAUUUGUACCUUGGCAAUUAAAUAAAGUUAAAUAUAAAUUAAAAUAAUUUAA